AUGACAUCACCGGACGAUGUUGCGCCAGUCAAGCCUCCGCCGUCCUUUUCUCCCGGAGCCGCGCUCAACGUAUCUAAAGCUAGAUAUCCGGAGAAGAUUCAGACCACCCAGCCGCUGAUCUCUUCGUUAUCUGAAUCCGUCUUGACUGAUUCUCCUCUGGAACGACGCUCGUCCCUAUCCUCCGGCCGAUCAUCGAGAACAGCAUCUCCCAAUGGGAGGCUAUCGUAUUCUGCCUCCGCCUCCGCCUCACAUCUAUCUCGCUCAAGUACUCUUUCACCGCUGGGGUUCCAAAUCGAUACUACCGACGACAUCCGUUCUCUAAUAAUCCGAGCAUUCUCCCCGGUAAUAGGCGUAUAUGCCUCGCCAGACACGGAUGCUCUAGUGCAGCGAAAGGGCUUCAAAAAUGGAUUCCAUGAACUAAUAAGGCCAUUUGGGGAAACGAUCGCGGGAAAGAUAGUUAUACGUGAUAACAGCGGCUCUAGUCGGACCUGGGAGGAUUUCGGGGUUCGUUUUAUUGAUUUGGAUACGAAAAAACAGGACACGGAGACCAGCAAAACGGAACCCGUUCCCUCUCUCGUUCAGAUAGAGCAAGUACUUGACAGGCAUAUCCAUUCAAUUGACGACCCAUUAGCAAGUUGGACUCGGGGUGGCGAUGGCGGACAUGGCCGUUUACCCCUAGCUUCUCCAGUUUAUAAACUAUUCCUUCGACGUCUACUCUCCCCGGCGUAUACCUCGCCUCACGAAACCUUCAUGCACCCCGUUGCCUGCAUUAUUGCAAUAAGUUCACAUACCCCUACGCCUCUUGAAUCGCUACGUCAACUGUAUGCACAUACAAUUCAGGGCGAUAAGCGACCUCCUCAAUGGGUGUAUCCCGAAUAUCUUCGAUACUACGUUCUCGUCCAUGACGAAGACAAGGAUGACAUCACUAAGUCAACAGCUUUGUUUGAUCAAAUGAAGAGGCACUUUGGCCUCCACUGCCAUCUUUUACGGCUGCGGAGCAACCAAUGCGUCAUAACGGACGAUGACAGCACGCAAUUUCCCUCCUGUGAAUGGCUAACUCCGUCGGAAGAUCUCUCCGAGUUGGGCGAACAAGAAACUCUUAUUGAUGUUGAGUCCGAAGGUUCAUAUAUUUUUGAAUCUGACGUCACCGCUAUCAAAGCAUUCAUUCGGGAAAUGGUCGCUCAGUCGGUGAUCCCUCAUAUGGAAAAUCGAGUUGCUCUUUGGAAUGAGCAAGUUGCAUCUCGGAGGCGAGGCUUGAGUGGUCGAUUUAUGUCAAUGUCAAGGCGUUGGGCCGGGUUUGGAGCAAAUACAAGGUCGUCCGGUGGUGCGUAUGGCUCUGGAUCAGGGACCAAUUAUGAUUCUCAGGGAUUCUACAAACCCGAUGCACCCGAGGCAAUAUUACGGAAGUUGGCAGACUUUGCAUUCAUGCUCCGUGACUGGAAACUUGCGUCGUCAACCUAUGAGCUUGUGAAAGGAGACUAUGGGCAUGAUAAAGCAUGGAGAUACCAGGCGGGGGCGCAUGAAAUGUGCGCCGUCAGCACUCUGCUAAACCCCAUGGCAUCGACUGCUAGAACAAAACUUGAAUCCAUCGACCACCUCUUAGAUACCGCCAGCUAUUCAUAUCUUACAAGGUGUUCCGAUGCUCAAAAUGCUUUACGAACCCUUGUCUUAGGUGUGGAACUCUUGAAAUCUCGUGGAGGCCCUGCCUCUGAUGCUGCAGCAAAAUGGGCAAUACGAAUCCUCAAUAUGGGUCUUGUGGGCGACAACGGGCGAAUUCUUGUCUCCGAGCGAGUGUCUGCAUGCUAUGCCUCUAAAACCGGAUCGGGCGGUGCAAAAUGGGGAAUGAGACGAAGGAAAGCCGCUAUGUGGGCCCUUCUCGCUGCUGACUCCUGGCUAAAACAAGGAAAGCCAAAUCUUGCCUCUAUUUGCCUCGAAGAAUCAGAUCGCCUAUAUAGCGAUGUAUUAGAUGAAGGAAAGGGGCCUCUACCAGAAAUGCAACAGUUUAUCGACAAUCUACGGAAUGCCAUACAGAUGGAAUAUUUUGGCACCCGCGGUUUCGGCAACGAUGCCGAAAUAUCUAGUCCGAUAGAGUUUGACGCGGAAGAGACGAGAGAGAAGCUGGAUGAUCGCGUUCACCGAAAAUCGUUAAGAGGAGGUGUGAACCCACUAGAAUCUACGCCUGUAACCGUGUCCCGGUUAAAAUCAGAUGAUGAAGGUCACCCAAAUGAUGAUUUCGAAUAG